UCCGUUUCCAGUAAUUUCUACGAGCAGCAAAACCGGAGGCAGCGCUCGAGAGGCUUCCAGAAGCGAGAGUUCACGCGUGGCGGACACACUUCUGUCACAACCCACAGCUUCGUCCACUGAGAGCAGAAUACCUGGAUUAAACCACUAUGGCGAAGUGGGGAGAAGGAGACCCUCGCUGGAUCGUGGAGGAGAGAGCGGAUGCUACAAAUGUCAACAACUGGCACUGGACCGAGAGGGAUGCCACAAACUGGUCAUCAGAGAAGCUGAAGGAGCUGCUCAUGGGGUUGCAGGUGGAGAGUGAAGAAGGCAAGUGUGAGAUCACAGAGGUCAGCAAGCUGGAGGGAGAAGCAUCCAUCAAUAACCGCAAAGGAAAGCUUAUAUUCUUCUAUGAGUGGAAUCUGAAGGCCGACUGGAGAGGGACAUCAAAAUCAGGCAUCAAAUACAAGGGGAAUAUUGAAGUUCCAAACCUUUCGGAUGAAAAUGACAUGGACGACCUUGAUAUCAGCGUGAGUCUUUGUAAAGAUGAGCCCGAGACAGAGCUGCUUUCACUCAUGAGGAGCGAGGGAGUCAAAAAGAUCCGCACGGCGCUGGCCAGUUACGUGGACUUCCUCAAAACAGAGUUCACACAGGGCAUGAUCCUGCCUACAGCCAAUGGUGUGACGAAACAGCAGACAGCGCAAGCAACAACCAAGUCAAACAAAACUCAGAUUGGCUCCUGUAGUGCUGCUCCUCCUCCUCCCAGCACAGGGGUAAAAAUCCCCACCUGCAAGUUCUCAUUAAAAGAAACCUUCCUGACCUCACCAGAAGACCUUUACAGGGUCUUUCUCAAUCAGGAGAUGGUGCAGGCUUUCACACGCAGCAGUGCUUUGGUUGAGGCUGAAAAGGGUGGAAAGUUUCGUCUGCUGGAUGGAAACGUGAACGGAGAGUUCCAGGAGCUGGUUCCUGAGCAGAAGAUAGUCAUGAAGUGGAGGUUCAACUCAUGGCCUUGUGAGCACUAUGCGACGGUGACAUUGACUUUCACAGACAAGGGUAAUGAGACGGAGUUAAAGAUUGAGUGUCGGGCGGUUCCUGAGGGUGAAGAGGAACGAACACGAGAUGGCUGGCAGAGGUACUACUGCCACGCCAUUAAACAGACUUUUGGCUACGGCGCACGACUCUACUGAGCCCAGGAUGUAGCAGCCUCCGGUUUUGGCUUUUAAACAUUGUUUUUUUUUUUUUUUUUUUUUUUGUUUUUUUUUUUUUUGCUCCACCUACAAAAGAGAGGAUCAGAAUGUGACUCUACUGAACAGCAGACAUCACAUUGCUCCAUUAUCACGUUCCUUUUUUAGAUGAUUUUGUUUACAGUGAAUAAAAAGAUGGAAAUGCAAGAGAUGAAAUGAAAAGAUGAGUGCUAAAUAGGAGACCUUGGUCAAAUGAAAUCUGUGUAUGUGUGUAAUAUAGUGUACUUAUUUUAGCAUGGUAACUCUGUCGGCUGCCCUGUCCUGUUCUGUGAAAGGCUCACAGGGUUGAACGGUGCUUUUUAGGCACUGGGUGGUUUUUCAUUCACUAAGAGGCUUUCCUUUGGAUCUUCUUGAAGAUGAUUUGGAGAGAGAACAAUAAAGAGAUAUUUCGGACCAUUUAAUUAAUGUUUCUUUCUGGUGAAAAUGGAGUGAUUUAUGUACAUUUUUGCCAUCACAUCUAAUAGUAUUACGAACAUACGUGACUUUUACUCAUAGCCAUUUAUAUUCACCAAAACAGAUGCAAGCCGCAGAAAGCCUGUUUCUUUUGUCUCAAACAGACUUUAUUAAAAAGAAAAUCAUGUAGAUUGGACAAUGGGUUAUUUUUAGAUCACUGCUUUUCUAUUUGCUUUAUAUCACUGUAAGUACUGUAUUUCAGCCUUGACAGGGUUUGCCCAGUUUUAGCUGCUGAAAUGUUGAAAAAGGGAACCACAGACCAAUUUUAAGUCAUUCAGAAGAAAAUGUUGGUUUUUGCCCCAAAUUACAAUCCAGAAAAAGGUUUGAGGCCUGUUUGAGUUUUAUUUAUUUUCUUGUAUAUUUUCUGCAUUACACUUUGUGACCAGACAAAGAGUAUAAUUUACUUAAAAUAAAAGUACCUUUGAAACAUCA